AUGCCCGCCCCAGCCGGACGGCGGGACAAGGCGGUGGACUGCCAGGCAUUUGCUGACGCCCUCGUCUCCAAGGGCUACGGGCGCCUGGUCAUCCAGAAAGGCGCAGGCAGCUACAACCCCUGCGUGCUUGUGCCGCCCGGCAGCACAUCCGCAGCGCAUGGCACCCUCGCUAUCGAGUACUUUGACUUUACGCCAUCGCUGACUCAGCACGUGUCUGACGCUGCGCUGGUGAUCAGUCACGCCGGCUCCGGGAGCAUAUUCGAGUCGCUCACGGCCGGCAAGGCGCUCAUCGUGGUGCCCAACCCGCUGCUCAUGGACAACCAUCAGGCGGAGCUGGGGCGCCACCUGGCAGGCAUGGGCGUGCUGGCAUGCGCAGCGCCGGGUGACCUGGUUAAUGCGGUGCUGCAGCUCGAACCCGCUGAGCUGAAGCCCUAUGCCAGGGGCGACGCGUCCGGCAUCGCGGCCGCAAUCGAUGCGCUGACGGGGCGUGCCGGGCUGCGUAAGACAGCCAAGGCUGGCCAGGGGCGAUAG